AAUCGUCUGUGUCACCCAGAUAUCCUGUGCCACUAGCUCUUGGCACUGCUGUCAUGUCUUUUUUCUUUUUCUUUUUCCUUUGAAUAGUUUGAGUAAGAUCCAAAGGCCGGAAAAAACAGGCUUAGAAAAGACCGAACGAACGAAAGCGAAUUCCCCCCCCCCCCAAAGAAAAGAACGUCAGAAAAGAAAACGGUUUACUUGAAUUCAUCUGGCUUUGAAAUCUUGGCUGUUGUAUGGGUUUUCCCUUUUGCAAAAUUUCAUAUGGAGAACCCUUUCCAGGCACCCAAGCUGCAAACACUGCGAGAAGCAUUCCCCAAUGUUGAUGUAGCGGUGAUCGACGACGUAUUAUGGUCAGCCAACGGUAACCUGGACAAUGCAUUUGAAGCUUUGCUAGCCAUGUCCGAUACAGAAAGUACUGGUUCGACUCCUUCGUUUGGCUUACCGCGGCCAGUUCCUGCACCUCCAUUACCGCCUCGACAAGAUCCAACUCGAACUGUAACGGCAACACGAUCCAACUCUUCCAAUAGCCCCCGUUCCGCUCACGAAGAAUUGGUGGCAUGGCGCCAAGACCUCGCUCGGCGUUCCAGUUCUAAUCGUUUGCUGGCUUCCUGUCAGAGCACGACAUCACGAUAUAAGCUUGAACCACCUUUAGCGAUUCGAAAAGUCUCCUCCAUUGGCAGUCAAGCACGAGAUCACAGACAGACAGUAAACGGCUCAAGUAAUUUACAAAAUCGCCCCUCCAUCUUACAGUCAUCCAGCGAUUCGGCCGUUCAUAUUCAACCUACCAAUCCCUUUAUUUCCGUCAACGCUAAUCCUCCACCACCACGCGCUCAUCCUUUAAUAAAUGUGUCGACACCUGCCUUGUCGCAUGCUUCUGUAAAUCGACCACGAAACCAACUUAUGCCAAACAACAUCGCUAUUGCCUCCUCGUCCUCCUCCUCCGCAAUAGAUGGUAUCUUUUUAGAUCAUGAUCUUGCCAUAGUGUAAAAUCACGCAAUAGUGUCAUACUAAAAGCCCGCAACUUGCCUUUUUUUUUCCCUGUAGUAUCCAGCAGCAGCAGCAGCAGCAGCAGCAACCCAUUUGACGUUGAAGAUUUACCACCGCCUCCAUCUUAUGAUGC